UCUGGCUCUGGUGAAGUGCAUAUCUCGGGCGGUGUUUUAUAUUGAGUCUACUAAGUGGGCUAUAUCUUAUAUCAUUUUGAGGUAAUUUACAAACCGAUUUCAUUGAUAUGGGUAACACCACAACUCUUCUGUGUCAAAAUGAACGAAAAGUCACAGUUGAAGGCGGCAAGUGGUCGGCUAUGGACGGGAAGACGUUUCUCACGGAGGAGGCAGCCUACAAGCGGCUCCAGAACUACUACAACAAAAAUGGAAACAAAAUUAAUAUUCUUCAAAUGUUUAAAGAAGACCCCGACAGGUUCCAAAAAUACAGUGUGAUAUUGUCAACACCAGAUGACGGAGAUAUUUUACUUGACUACAGUAAACAUCGCAUCAAUGAGGAAGUCCUCAAGCUUUUGUUUGAUUUGGCCAGAGCUCGCAACAUAGAUGGUUCUCGAGAUGCUAUGUUUUCUGGAGAAAAGAUUAAUUUCACUGAGGACAGAGCCGUCUUACACAUUGCCCUACGCAACCGUACCAACACUCCUAUAGUGGUUGAUGGGGAGGAUGUCAUGCCAGCGGUUAAUUCUGUUCUUUCCCACAUGAGGGAUUUUUGUGACAAGGUUAUUUCGGGAGACUGGAAAGGUUACACCGGGGAGUCUAUUACAGAUGUGGUCAACAUUGGUAUUGGAGGCUCAGACCUUGGUCCACUAAUGGUAACAGAAGCACUCAAACCCUAUGCCGUUGGGCCUAAUGUUUACUUUGUUUCAAACGUCGAUGGAUCACACAUGGCAGAAACCUUGAAAAUCCUAAAUCCUGAAACAACACUAUUCGUCAUUGCUUCUAAGACCUUCACCACACAAGAAACCCUCACCAAUGCUACUUCAGCCAGAAAUUGGUUCCUUGCCACUGCCAAAGAAGAUUCAGCUGUCGCAAAACACUUUGUAGCUCUGUCAACCAAUGGCCCUAAAGUGAAAGAAUUUGGUAUUGAUGAAGCUAAUAUGUUUGGUUUCUGGGAUUGGGUGGGUGGCCGUUACUCCCUCUGGUCUGCCAUCGGUCUGUCCAUUGCAUUACACAUUGGUUUUAACAACUUUGAGAAACUAUUGUCUGGUGCUCACUUCAUGGACGAUCAUUUCAGAACUGCCCCACUAGAGAAAAAUCUUCCAGUAAUCCUUGCACUACUGGGCGUCUGGUAUCACAACUUUUAUGGUGCAGAGACUCACGCACUCCUCCCGUAUGACCAGUACCUUCAUCGUUUUGCUGCGUACUUCCAACAAGGUGAUAUGGAAUCAAAUGGAAAAUAUGUUACACGCAGUGGACGUCGAGUGGAAUACAGUACAGGACCCAUCGUUUGGGGUGAACCAGGUACCAAUGGGCAACAUGCAUUCUAUCAGCUGAUCCACCAAGGCACUCGCUUAAUCCCAGCUGACUUCAUAGCUCCUGCCAGAUCCCAUAACCCAAUCGCAGACAAUUUUCAUCAUAAGCUACUUCUGGCAAAUUUCUUGGCACAGACUGAAGCUCUUAUGAAAGGAAAGACAAGAGAGGAAGCCAAGGCUGAACUAGAAAAAACAAACAUGCCAGUUGAUACCCAGAAUCGCAUAUUGCCCCAUAAGGUGUUCGAGGGCAAUCGUCCCACAAACUCUAUCUUGUUAGAAGAACUCACCCCGUUCACCUUGGGAGCACUAAUAGUCAUGUAUGAACACAAGAUCUUCACUCAGGGAGUCAUUUGGGACAUCAACUCCUUUGACCAGUGGGGAGUGGAACUUGGUAAACAAUUGGCCAAAGCUAUUGAACCUGAGCUCCAAGAUAAGACCCCUGUGUCCUCUCAUGAUGCAUCUACCAAUGGACUGAUCAACUUUAUCAAGACAUAUCUGUAAAUCUAGGCUAUGAUAUAUUAUCUUGCCUGCUCAGUAUAUUUAUGGGAUGGUCAGUACAGUAUUUGUGAUGAAUUGGGGACUUUAGUGUGAGGCUAAAUAAUGCUAGCAGAGAAUAGAAACUCACUUGUUGUAUGUAGAGAAGAUUAUGCUGUUAUAUUUGUUGUCAGAAUGGGUUAUAGGUAGAGUCGUACAUUAUUUUGAUGAGUAUGGUAAUGAGAGAAAUGUUGAAGAUGAAUACAUGUAAAAGCAUAGUCUUUGUACGUCUAUAUGAAAGAAAUUGGCGCUCUUGUACAUAAUAUAUACCGUGUGAUAAAUACAAAAAAUGAGAGAUAUAUUAGCAUAAAUUAAAAGGCAAUGGGAGGUACUGAACUGUAAAGCAGACCAUCAACUGCAAGAGAAUCAGGAACAAUUUGAUACUGUAUUUUAUAAAGUAUAAAAAAUGGCUGUGGUAGAUCAUCACUGCUUUGACUGUAAUUUUAUGAACCUUAUUCUGUAACUAGUAUAUACAAUAUUACAAAAAAAAUUAAGACUAUCAGCCAUUCUAACCUACUUUUUACAUCAAAUCCUGCCCCAGUGAUGUGCAGGGGCGAUUCUACGGGGGGGGCACGGCCCCCUUGAUUUGCCCCCCCCCCCCCACUUUUUAUUCUCAAAAUUGUAAUUCCAAAAACAUUGCCAAAGCGAACCAGAAAACCUCGACAGAAUGAUGAAUUCAUUGUGCUGGAAACGACCGGUCAAAGAUCUGACGUGAGUCAUGUGCACAUUGGCAUCUUCUAUGAAGUCCUAGACUGUUUGAUUAGUGAAUUAGACAGGCGUUUCUCCAAUGAUUCCUGUGGGAUUUCAGCUCUGUCCAGAAGGACAGACAUUCUAGUCUGAAGAAGAUUUGAAGGCAUUUGCAGUUACAUACUCAGCCAAUCAAAGUGACUUACAACAAGAGAUGCCUCUGGUGAAGAAAUUGCUCGUGAAGGAACAUAAACAACCUUCAUCGCUCGUGCAAUUUAUGUCAUUUAUAUGCCCUUAUAAGGCUGCAUUUGACUGUUUGUAUAAAUUACUGUUGAUAGCUUUAACUCUCCCUGUUACCAGUGCUUCAUGCGAGAGAAGCUUUUCGAAAAUUAAAUUAGUGAAAACAUUCCUAAGAAAUUCCAUGUCCAGUGACAGACUGAGUAACAUCGCGCUACUAUCGAUUGAAAGCUCACGCGCUGAGGGAAUUGAUUUAGAUUGUUUUGUCUACGAGUUUAGCAGCCGACACAAUAAUCGUACGAUUAAGCUGCACUGAAUAUACUGUUACCGUCACAGUACCGCGUGAACUGAAACCGCACCAUUGCCAUUGGGUAUAAUGCAACAGUUGCAUGCGGCGCCCAUGUCUGAAAACGUAAACGUUGUCUCCAUAAUCUCCAUUAUGUGUGAAGCGUGAGAUCAUGAAUUUUUUCGCUGAUGUAUGUACAUACAUUGUAAAGACACUGCUAUAUUUUUCAAUGUUUGUUAUGUGGUACACCCGCCCUUUAUGUGACUAUGUGAGCAAUAUUACAGUUUUAGAGAUAUG